AUGGAGUCCGGAAAAUAUCUCCAAGGGACACUAAGAUGGCGCAUUUUUAUUUCCUGCGUCGUUCUUGUUAUCCAGUUCGCCGAGGGACAGCUUCGAUAUUCUAUUCCAGAGGAGAUGAAGAAAGGUUCUCUUAUCGGAAACAUGGCGUCGGACCUCGGAAUAGAACUGCAGAGGCUCCGUUCGGGCCGAGCUCGGCUUGUGAGUGGAGAAAGCGCCCAGUACACGGAGCUGAGGACAGACAAAGGGCUUUUAGUCGUCAAGGAGAGAAUUGACCGAGAGCAGCUUUGUGGAGACCUAACACCGUGCAGCUUCAGCUUUGAUUUGAUUUUAGAAAGUCCCAUGGAGCUUCACCACGUCACAGUCGAAGUAUUAGACGUGAAUGAUAAUUCGCCUUUUUUUCACCAGCAAGAUCUGAAGCUGACGAUCGGUGAGUCAGCCGCAGCCGGAGCACGCUUUGUUCUGCCCAGAGCCACGGACCCUGAUGUGGGAGUUAACGGCCUUCAGGACUAUAAUUUAUCUCCAAAUGAAAAUUUUGUUUUAAAAAAGCACUCAGAUGAUGAUGGGAGGAAAUAUGCAGAGAUGGUGCUGGGAAAACCUUUGGACAGAGAGCGACAUCCAAGUCUGUCCCUCAAACUGAUAGCAGUGGACGGCGGAACCCCACAGAGAUCCGGUACCGUAAACAUAGACAUCACUGUUCAAGAUGCUAAUGACAAUGCGCCUGUUUUCAGCGAAUCAGCAUACAAGGCCACGGUCUUGGAAAAUGCUUCGAUCGGAACACAUAUCAUCACUGUUAAUGCCACUGAUGCAGACAGCGGUGCAAAUGGACUCAUUUAUUAUUCCAUUUCCAAAAUGCAAGGCGUGAUUGGUGAUAUGUUUAAAAUUAAUAAAACAACAGGCAUGAUAUAUCUGUCAGGGGAAAUUGAUUAUGAGAAAGUCAAGAAAUACGAAAUACGCAUAGAAGCCACAGAUCAAGGAGCUUUAACAGACUCCAGUAAAGUCACAGUGGAAGUAAUUGAUGUGAAUGAUAAUCCACCUGUUAUUACUCUUAUGUCAUUCACGAGUCCUGUGUCAGAGGACUCUCCUUCUGGCACAACCAUUGGUAUAAUUAGUGUUAAAGAUUUUGACUCAGGAGACAACGGACACGUGACCUGUAGAAUAGAACAUAACACCCCUUUCAAAAUAAAGUCAAAUUUAAGAAACUACUACACAUUAGUAACAGAUGCUGCAUUAGAUCACGAAACUGUAUCAGACUAUAACAUCACAGUAGUUGCAACAGAUGGAGGUAUACCUUCUUUAUCAGCAAAGAAAACAUUUCAUGUAAAGAUCUCUGAUGUCAAUGAUAAUGCUCCAGUGUUUCCAAAGAGUAUUUACAAAGCCUUUGUGACAGAGAAUAACCCAUCAGGCGUUUCUCUUCUUACUGUAUCUGCAAGAGACCCAGAUGAAAUCCAAAAUGCAAGAAUAUCUUAUAUCCUGCAACAAGAUGGCAGUAAUAUAGGUGGGUCACCAGUGUCGGACUAUGUUGUGGUCAAUGCAGAAACCGGAGUGAUAAAUGCAGUGCGUUCAUUUGAUUAUGAAGUAAUCAAAAAGGUGAUGUUUAUUAUCAAAGCACAGGAUGGAGGCUCCCCUCCCCUCAGCAGUAACGUGACUGUGAAAAUAAUGAUCCAGGACCAGAACGACAACACCCCUCAGGUUCUGUACCCGGUCCAGACUGGAGGCUCUGUGGUGGCUGAGAUGGUUCCUCGUUCAGCAGAUGUGGGCUAUCUGGUGACUAAAGUGGUGGCUGUUGAUGUGGACUCUGGACAGAAUGCCUGGCUCUCCUAUAAACUGCAGAAAGCCACAGACAGGGUGCUGUUUGAAGUGGGUUUACAGAAUGGAGAAAUAAGAACUAUCCGCCAAGUCACUGAUAAAGAUGCUGUCAAACAAAGACUGACUGUGUUCGUGGAGGACAACGGGCAGCCCUCUCGUUCAGCUACAGUCAUUGUUAACAUGGCGGUGGCGGACAGCUACCCUGAAGUGCUGUCAGAGUUCACUGACUUUACGCACGACAAGGAAUACAAUGACAACCUGACUUUUUACUUAGUGCUGGCUUUGGCUGUAGUUUCCUUUCUCUUCAUCACGUGUUUAGUGGUUAUUAUAUCAGUGAAAAUCUACAGAUGGAGACAGUCUCGCAUCCUGUAUCACUCCAGUCUCCCGGUGAUUCCAUAUUAUCCACCACGUUACUCAGACACUUUGGGGACAGGGACUCUGCCACACGUGUACAACUACGAGGUGUGCAGGACGACUGACUCCAGAAAGAGUGACUGUAAGUUCGGCACAGCUGGUAGUCAGAAGGUGCUGAUAAUGGACCCCAGUUCUACAGGAACCAUGCAGCAGAUACAGAGUGAAAAGAACAUCCUGAAUGAACCAGACUCUCCUCUAGAGGUGAGUUAA